UUAUAGUAAAACGUCAAAAAUUCGUAUUAGCUUAAAUAUUUGCGAUUUGCGAAUUUAUUUCAGAAAAGUGCAUUUAAAUGAAUCAUUUUAUUCUAUAAAAUAGAUUUCAAACAUUUAAUAUUAUUCAAAAUAAAUAAAAUUACAUUUAAAAAGAAUGCCUCAAAAUCGACGCAAAGUGCCCUUUAGUGGCAAAAAGAAGAAAGAUCAAAUUCAAAUCAAGCGGCAAAUGAAAGGUACACAAACCAAAUUGCUUAAGACCGCAUACGAUUCAUACGACGACGAUGAAACCACUGAGGACACUGAAAAAGUCCAAGAGGUCAAUGCCCAACCGUCCCGUGGUCGCAAUAAAAAUGUCAAUCGAUAUAAUUUAAAAUUCUAUCAUGAAACCGAAAAGGAACUCAAAGAAAUGAUGGAGGAACUCUUCAAACCAUUGGCCAAAGCAAAUCCCAAGGAUCGAGAGGUUGAUGAUAGUUAUUUCAAAAACUAUGAUUUCCCCAUCCGACCUGAAUGGAACUAUAAAAUGUCCAAGGAUAUUUUAGACAUGAAUGAAAAUAGUUACUUUAGGAAAUAUGUUGAAAAUUUACGCAAGAAUCACAUUGAAGAACACGAUCGAUUGAGCUUGUUCGAAUUGAAUUUGGAAACUUGGCGGCAGUUGUGGCGUGUAUUGGAAAUGGCUGAUGUUUUAUUAAUUAUUGCCGAUAUAAGAUAUGCGACCUUAAUGUUUCCUCCGUUUCUGUAUAAGUAUAUAGUGGAAACAUUGAAGAAGCAUGCAAUUCUUAUUUUAAAUAAAGUCGACCUAGUUUCUCCGGAAGUGAUUGUUGCUUGGAAGAGUUAUUUUGAGAGCAUGUAUCCUGGCAUAACAGUGAUACUGUUUGCCUCCUACCCUGCCAAGUCUAUGAAAGGUUCGACCAAAGGUAGAAUGGCUCACAAACGUAGCAUUGAAGGUGUUCACAAUAUCUACAAAGAAUGUCGCAAAAUCUCCGAAGGCAGCGUUGAUCUUUCAAGUUGGGAACAAAAAAUUUUAGAAGACAUGCGAGAAGAAUUUUGCUACGAAGACGAACGAUACGGAGCCCAUGACAUCGUUCAUUCCGAGGCGAACACCAGUGAUUUCGAUUUCGAGAAACAUGUCAUGUUCAAAGAUGGCAUUCUGACAAUCGGUUGUGUUGGAUUCCCAAAUGUGGGUAAAUCCUCAUUUAUAAAUGCCAUGAAAGGCAAGAAAGUAGUUAGUGUAAGUCGAACGCCUGGACAUACGAAGCAUUUUCAAACCAUAUUCCUCACAAGUAAAGUACGUUUGUGUGAUUGUCCUGGACUUGUUUUUCCGUCCGCCACACCAAAAUAUCUACAAGUUUUACUUGGCAGCUAUCCCAUUGCUCAAUUGAAGCAGAUCUAUCCGGUUAAGUUCUUGGCUGAGAAUAUUAAUUUGCCAGAAUUGCUUAAGCUUAAACUUCCAGAGGACUAUGAUGAGUGGUCACCGGUGGCAAUAUGCGAGGCAUGGGCUGCAAAGAGGGGCUAUUUCACAGCUAAAGCAGCUCGACCAGAUCGAUAUCGGGCGGGAAAUGAAUUGCUGCGAAUGUGCUUAGGUGGACAGAUAACUUUGGAAUUCUAUCCACCAAAUUUUCUAGAUGAAAGGGAAAAUUGGUUGCAACAUCCAGACAUUGAGGAAGUUAAGAAAUAUCAAGGAGACAAAGAACUGAAUGAAGAAUCGUUGAGUGUACAUUCAUCAGAUAAAUCAGGGGACGAUAGUGACAAUGAGAGUAGUUCAGAGGAUGGAAAUGAUGAUUCUGCUUCGGGAUCUAAUUCUAAGCAGCGAAGUAAUGUAUUUUCCUUGUUGGAAGAUGAAUAAAUUAAAUCAGAAAGUGAAACAAAAAAAGUAAAACAAAACGAACUUCAUUCCAUUCAUAGUUUAUUUACCUUUUAUCUUUUUUUCUUUAUGUUUUUUUUUUGUUUAUUCUCAAAGAAAACAAUAAAUGCAGGAUUUAAGAUA